CCAAUCACAAAUAAAAAUCCUUGCUUUGUCCCCGCCCCUUGGGCAGUUCCCAUCCUUAUAGGUGGAACCUGCAAAGCGCUCUUUGCUUGGGGUUUCUGAAGUACCCCACUUGAGGAGACUUGCUGGCAGACAGCAAAGAGGAGCCUGGCCUAUUUCACCACCACCCCACACCCCCAUAUUGCCCAAGCCCCGCUGACAAUGGCUGAGAGGGAGGAUGACCAUGCUGAGGCUUGGUUGCAGUUAAAGCCUGUGGAACCCUUGCCCUCCCAGUGCUGUGGUAGUGGCUGCUCGCCCUGUGUGUUUGACCUCUAUUACCGAGACCUGGAAAGAUGGGACACAGCCCAAGCCAAAAAUGACAUGAGCCUGCUGAGUGGGAAGCAGCCACCUGAGAGCCAGGGCUGUUCUACCAAGCUGAGUCCAGAGACUUUCCUGGCCUUCCACAUCAGCACCAUGGAGAAGGUCACCAGGGACACCUAUCUUGUCCGGUUUACACUACCUGGGAACUGUCACCUCGGCCUGCUUCCUGGGCAGCACCUCAUCCUACGAGGUGUAGUAGAUGACUUAGAAAUUCAGAGAGCCUACACUCCCAUCAGCCCUGCCACUGCACAAGGAUACUUUGACGUCUUAAUCAAGUGCUACGAGACUGGGCUGAUGUCCCGCUAUGUGGAGUCCUGGAGACCAGGAGACACAGCUUUCUGGCGAGGGCCUUUCGGAAGCUUCUUAUAUGAACCAAAAAAGUACGGUGAGCUCCUCAUGCUGGCAGCCGGCACAGGCCUGGCCCCUAUGGUGCCUAUCGUGCAGAGCAUCACAGACAAUGAAGACGAUGAGACCUUUGUCACCUUGGUCGGCUGCUUCAAGACCUUCGAGGACAUCUACCUGAAGACUUUCUUCCAGGAACAGGCCAGGUUCUGGAACGUUCGAACCUUCUUUGUCCUCAGUCAGGGUUUCUCCCGUGUCCUGCUGUGGCAGAGCUGGCUGUCCAGAGCUGGCUGGGUGAACACCGAGAACCCCCAGGAGUCCUCCCUGCUCUCUCUCGCCUUCCCAGGAGGUCUCCCCGGAUCAGCUACCCUGGAGCUACCGUGACAAGACCCACUUUGGACGCCUGGGCCAGGAGCUGGUUGAUGAACUGGUGGCCCGCUGCCGGAGAAGGCCAUUUACAUUAGUCUGUGGCUCACCUGCAUUUACUGAGGACAUGGCUAGGUGUUUGCUGUCUGCUGGCCUGACUGAGGACUCCUACUUCCUCUUCUAGCCCUGGCCUUGGACCCUAAUCACGGGUACCAAGAGGAGCCCAGACCAGAGUCAGACGACAUGGAGUCCAGGCCUGGCCCUGCUGCUGACUUGCCCAGAGGCCUUGGGCAAAUGUCAUUACCCUUGGAACUUCCUUUCCUGUCUGCUGCAUCCUGCUGUGUGGAGGAAGGAAGGCCAGCAGUUAUCCUGGGAGCCAGGGAAGGCUGCUCCAAGGUCACCAAGCAAAUGGAGUCCUACUGAACUCAGGCUGGUGGGAGUUGGACAGGACGAGUGGUGAGGACCCUCUUGUCCUUCCAGAGGGCUCAUUGGUGCUGAGAAAAUGACUUGGGGAAAAGCUCAGAGCUCUUGGGAGGACCUUAACUUCUGUGCCUCCUGCGGGGUGAACCUGACUUGCUGAAGGAAGGCCUUGGGUCUGUGAGCUGACUGUGUCCUCAGACCACGGCACUGCCCUGCGUCAUCUCUGUGUCCAUGACAAGCCUUUCCUGGACCAUCUCUGCCAUGAUCAGCUUAACGCUCAGUUUCUUUCCUGGCUCAGGAGGCCAGCUCAGAGUCCUUUCCCCACAAAAGAAGAGGAACAGAGGCAAAUGCCCCUCCCUCCUGCAGGCAGUCACAUAGCCCGUGCCUUCAGCUCUCGGUGCCCUGGCGACGGUUGCUAUGGAGAUCUAAAGAUAGAGCAGGAGUCAGGAGACCUGGGUCCCUCUCCCAGCUCUGCCCACUGAAUGGCUGCUGAUCCAGGUCCACCCAGCCCCCACCUCCACCUCCUUUAUCCAUCGUGGGGCAUGUCCUCUCCAGGGAGCUCACUGCCCCUGGGCAUCACACUGACUUAACGAAUCCUGCUUUCCACAGCCUGGGCCCCAGUGCACUGCCCAGCACAGGCUGGAUCCGGGCAGCUCCAGACUUCUAAUGCUCAGCAGUGGAAUGUUAGAAGCCGAGAGCCAGGAACCUUCAGGAUUAGAUGUUUAUAAGUUGUGAUCUUCCCUCCAUAGCAGACUUCAGAUGCCAAAAAUCCCUGUCCAGCAGACUCAGUGGACAAACCAGUAAACCAAGGCCUCUGAGUGGCUCACCCAAGGUGAAUGCCGAGACAGCCCUACAAGUUUCCAUCUCCCCUCCCCAGUACGCCCACCUGUGAUUGUAUACCACACUUUGCAAACUGGGCUCCACAGGCCGCUAGGGAACCUUGCCUGGAAGGCAGCAGCAGUAAAGGUGUCUGGAGGGAUCCCCAGGCCCCUUAAAUCACAGCAGAUCUGUUCUUACCUCAUCUUCAUAGUAGGGCAUGGAAGAAUCUUUGUCACAAAGGACUUUUCUGUCCCACCCUGAAAAAUCACAACAAAGAAAUCCCUGUUCCCUGCACAGCCGUGGUGCUUGGUGGGUGACGGGAAGCUUGCAUGCUGCACCUCAGGGCAUGGAGCCUCUGUCGUGGUUUUACAGGGCAUUAGGUGUGACUUCUUGGAACCAAGUGUCGUGAGUAAAUUAAAGCUGCAUAAUCACAGGUCAAAA